AUGACAAAUGUUGGUUUAACUGCAAACAACCCGGACAUUUCGCGAGAGACUGUAGAGAACCACUCGCAAACAAAAAUUUUACAUCAAGAGCUUAAUUACGAUUUUUAUUGGGCUGCUAAUGAAAUCUCAAAAAUUCUUUCAAAAGUUAAGGGAGUAACAUAUGAUGAUGAUGACCUUGAAGGUAUGACCUUGGAGAGUGUGAUAACUCUAUGGAAGCUGAUGCUCUAUCCCGUUCUAUUUGUUAACAGACUUUGGUAUUACACUGCAGGACCAAUACUAUGGAAACACGUCAAAAUAGAAUAUCCCACGGUAAAAAGUUUUACAUAUUUGCAAAGACAAAAACCGUUUCACGGGAAAUUGUUGUUAAAAAGAUCGUAUGCGUAUCCUAAUUUACAACUUCUUGAACUUGGAGUGGUACAAGCAAAUUUUGAGAAGCUACGAGAUUCAGCUAUCAGGGAAAUUGCUCGUUCAUGA